GUAGUUUAUGAGCAACGAUCUUUAUCUUAAAACCGACUCUCGUUCCACGACAAUCGAAAAGAUAUUGUGCGAUCCCGGACUUUAAAUUUUUCCAAGUGAUAUAUGAGUGACAUAAUACUGUAGAAGGGUGUUAGAGUAAUAAGUAUUUCAUCAAGACAUCAACAAAGACUUAUGUGAAUAAUCAUUGCCUGGAACAACUGAGUCUAAUGUGGCUUCCGGUGUCGACCAUAGCUGCUAUAUGUGUCUUUAUUGAUGCUACCGAAGGAACCGGAACGGAGAAUGACCUAGAUGUAGUCUUCAAGGGGAGGACUCACUCCGAUUGGAAAAAUGCCUGGCAUCAAGAAAAAUUCUCCAGAUGUAGGGACACUCUUAUAAAACAUCUCUAUUGGGCUUGCGAGAAAGACAUAUACAAGUUGACUAGAAGAAGCGAUCCAAGUCUGAAUAAAAUUGAGGAAUACGAUGAUUACAAUGAAUUUAACUUCCCUUGGAAAACACGGCAAGACGCAAAAGGGAUAUUGAGAUUUCGCAGAAAUCGUAGAUCUGGCUCGUCCAUAACUCACGAAUGCUGCAAGUCUUCGGGAUGCACAUGGGAAGAAUAUGCCGAAUAUUGUCCAACUAACAAACGGUACACAACAUAUGUCUAAUAAAUAUAAAUUUUCAUAUCAAAUGUAAAACUGGAAAAUGCAAAAGGAAUAUGUGUAAUUUAUUUUGAUUUUACCCGACUAUUUUUUUUAACAAAUAGCCCAAUUUUUAUCUUCUAUUUUAUUUCAUUUCUAAUUCAAGUCUUAAAAUAUACCCUACAGCAUAUGCAACCCAAAAUACAGGCUCGUUAUGAAUAAAUGUAAAUACCUACAGUAUGUAACCUGAAAUACAUAGUAAUAAAAGCCUUGAUAUAAUUAUAGUAAUAAUUAUUCUUAUUAUGUCUAUGAUUGUAAUCAAUGAAACACUAUCUUGCACUACCCACAUUAAAUUUGUGGUGUUGCGUUUCGCCUCCCUAGAGCGUUAAAAACAUCAACAUGAUUAUUAACAUCAUAUCUUCACAUCUUCCUUUUGUCUGCAUUCUAUGUCAUAUUUACAACUACUACGAUAAGACUACUCUUGUACUUUAGUUUUAAGAUUUUUCAUUAAGAAUGUGCGAAAUAUGGCAAAAUAUAUUGUUAAAUAUUAAGAUGUAUUUACAAAAUAUAUGUUACUAGAAAAUAUUUGAUUAAAGACUAAAAAGACAAUUAUAUCCUUCCAAGUUCUUUUAGUUUUUCUAUGCUGUUGAUUUAGUGGCCAAUACUUCAUAGAACAUUAAGAAAACUUUAGUAUUAAUCACAGAGUUCUAUUAAAUACCGGGGUCCACUUAUAUUUCCCCCCAUUUUAACUGCCUAUAAUUUCCAAACGGCUCAAGAUAGAAAUAUGCGUUUUCGCUGAAAUGUUUUAUUUUAGUAAAAGUUUUGUUUGAAUGGAUUGAAUUUUUUAUAUCGCUUUUAAAUAAAAAAUGGCGGAUUUUUGAAAAAAAAACGUUGACUUUUUUAUUGAAACAUCCAGUAUAUUUUUGUAAAUUGAAAAUACGGUCAUUUACCUAUCCAGCGAUAUAAAAAUUUUUAAAAUCGGUUGUCAAAUGAUUGAGCAAUUCAUUUUUAAAAUGAGAGAUGCAAUGUGGAAAUCACAUAACAUAAUAUCAAUUUAUUAGUUAUGUUAUUUAGGUUUGUGAUAUUCACGUUGCACCUCUCAUUUUAAAAAUUAAUUACUCAGUCAUUUGACAACCGAUUUUGAAAAACUUUAUAUCGCUGGAUAGUUGAAUGACCUUUCUUUCAAUUUACAAAAAAAUAUACUGGGUGUUCCAUUAAAAGAAAGUCAACAACGUUUUUUUCAAAAAUCCGCCAUUUUUUUCGUAUUUGAAAGCGAUAUAAAAAAUGCAAUCCAUUCAGACAAAACUUUUACUAAAAUAAAACAUUUCAGCGAAAACCGCAUAUUUCUUAAAGCGUUUAGAAGAUAUAGGCAGUUAAAAUGGGGGAAAAUAUAAGUGGACACCCGGUAUAAGCUAGAGGCCAGACACCCUAUGAUCUUAGUAAGACAGAAUUGAGGCUGGCUAGAGGGGGCUUUUUUAGGCCGAAAAAAAAAUAAGCGGGCAAAAAUAAGAAAAUUAGACCACUGACUAUAAGAAAAUUUUAAAAUAUCUCGCUUAUGUUAGCUUUAUUUAUGAUUUUGAUCAUGUAAUAAUGAAGUUUAAUACCUGCUUUAUCAAUUUGAACUUGUAAGCAAGCAAAACAUUAAUUUGUUUUAUACCGAGACAAUGGCAAAAAAGAUACCCGAAAAUUUGUACUGAAUUCACAAUUUUUUCAACUCUUGAAUUUAUAAGUGUUUGCCAUACUAUCUUCAUAUUCUACAGCAGUGGAAUAUGUUAAAGUAGGUACUUCGUACACUCUGAAUCUAACUGGUUUAACUUUACGGAUUUGUCUGGUACUUAAAACAGAAGCAUUUCUAUCCCAUACUUUUCUAGGUUUAUUUUAAUUGGUUUGAAGGUACACCUACUUGGGAAUUGUUCAGAUUGUUACAGCUUUAGGUUUCAUAAGUCGUGCACAAUUUUGUUUAAAAUCCUCCUCUGAUCUAAAGUGUUUAUAACUUACACCACUGUUGUGUGAAGCAGAGACUCCUAUUCUUCUUACAGUUUUUUCAACGUCGAAGUUAGUUUGUCCAAAUCACUUUUUUCUCUAUUUUCAAAAUACAAAAAUAAUGUUGAAGAUGGUAGGCAGAGUUUAAAUUAAUAAUCUUUGAUACUCAUCAAAAUACAUGUUUUGUCUUGGAAUUUAUUGUAGUACAGCCAAAUGCACUGCAUGAUCUAUUCUAAAGCACAAACUCAAAGAUUAACCAAUAUACCGGGUGUCCACUUACUCGUAUAUUUCCCCCAUUUUAACUGCCUAUAACUUCUAAACGGCGUAAGAUAGAAAUAUGCGGUUUUCGAUGAAAUGUUUUAUUUUAGUAAAAGUUUUGUCUGAAUGGAUUAAAUUUUUAUAUCGCUUUCAAAUACGAAAAGAAAAAU